AUGAACAGCAUCAGGGAGGCAUGCAUGGACGUGAAGCGAGAAUACAACCAGUGCUUCAGUCGCUGGUUUGCAGAGAAGUUCCUCAAAGGGAAUGGCUCUGCAGACCCUUGCACUGACCUCUUCAAGAGCUAUCAGCAGGGUGUCCAGAAAGCAAUAAAGGAGAAGGAGAUUCCUAUUGAAGGACUGGAGUUCAUGGGCUAUGGCAAAGAAAAGUCUGAAAGCUCUUCUUGA